AUGGCUGAUCAGUCGCAGCCUAAGGCCGUUAAAAGAAAGCUUCAUAUUCCCUCCAAAAUGAAUACUAUACACGUGGUCAUCCUAUCUAGAAUUCUGGCCAUUUUGUCUGCUCGAUCCAUGGAUACAAAAAGCAAUCUGUGGAGCUCAAUUGACGGUCCAAUGAAUCGCAUCCGAGUCCAAACCAGAAGUAAAAUCAACCAUCCUGAAGAAUUCAAAUACCGCAAUGCGACUCUUCAAUGUCGCCCUACGUCCAAACACUUCGACCUGACCAAACCAUCUUACGACCUCUUCCGCGGCCAAAACUUGCGCGAAAACUGCGUUCAGCAAAGCUUUGCCUUCGACAAUAUCAACAGACGCCUGCUCGUUGCGCAGCUGCGCGACAGCACUGGGGACGCAGGUCACUUCUGCAUUAGCACAGCUCGAUAUCUCCAGAAAACCAAUAACAAGGUCAAGGGCAAGGGCGCGACGGAGCAUACCGUCUCCAUUGACUCGGUACAGAAUAGGUUGAUCGUCCGCUACAACAAAAGCGGCAAGCAUAUCGCCGUCUUCGACUUGAAGGCCGCCACCAGGGGUGAUUUCUCUAAGCCCUUUAACCAACUUCAAGCAACCCUCGUUGGACAAGUUCAAAUCCAAAGUGUUCCCGGGGAAAGAUGGUAA